CACUAGGGCAAUAACUGUAAUAACUCGCAUUAGGCACAGCACUCAUACGGUACAUUCUGCAUUACUUUAUCUUUGGUUUAUUUCACUGUUGUUCGGUAGUUACACUGCAUUUCUACAGACCAUUGCCUUGAAGAACAAUGUUUCAUUCCUCUUCUGUUGUCAUUUACUUGAUUGCUUGCUUGUGUUCGAUCGGAGAUACAAAUCAUUACCUUGGCGGCACCUUCAAUUGGCGAUCACUAAGUAAUGGAAAGGUUCAGGUUUCAUGGACGAUAUCAUGGGUACGAGAUGUCGAGGAAAGUUUAAGACCAAUAUUUGAUUGUCAAGGGCGACAAGAAAUAUUAGGUGAAGGCCUUCUAAUAUGUCUGAACUGUUCGAAUCCAACUGCCUACCGUAAACCCCUGCGAUUGAAUUGUGUAAGCUACAGUAUCGAGGAUGGGUCUAGCACUGGCCAUAAUUCCUUCGUCUUUGAUCCAAGAGAUAAAAAUACACUUUUGUCACAAUUCACGUUAUCAUAUCAACGAAGCAAAAACAUCACUAGGUCAAGUAGUUACUGGAGGAAGAUUACCAACUAUGGAGGAGGAUCAAUGUAUAAAUUAUGGAGAAUGAUGAUAGAAGUUGAUACGAGUAUCAACAAUGCGUCUCCCAUAGCAACGUUCCCACCUAUAUAUGUCGUGCAACAUAGUUGUGGGAAUGUGACAAUCAAAUUAACAGUUUUCGAUCCUGAUGGUGAUGAAGUGCGAUGUCGUUGGGCUACUGGUCCGAGUGAAUGCCCUCCUGGAAUUAUGAACGUUGUUCCCGUCUGUGGGCCUAUAUCACCGCAUGCAGUGAUGAACGAAGAAAGGUGUGAGUAUACUUUUCCUGUCUCUGCUCUUGAUUACAGUCACCCAGAUUACGGCAAUCGUUUAACAAGCUAUUGGUUUGCUGUGCCGAUCACUGUCGAAGAUUACCGAGACGGUCAAAGACUGAGUAAAGUACCGGUGCAAUAUUUAAUCAGAGUUGAUAAACGAGCACAAAAUAUAUGCAAGAAGCCAAAACUGCACAUCGGUCAGGAUUGCCUGUAUCUACUCGUGGGCGAGACGUGGAUGCUUACAUUAAAAGCGGAUAGCUCAUCAGGGAUAAAAGACAUCGUAGUUUAUCCGGGAACUUCAAGAAUCAGAAUUUUCGAAUUUAAUGACGCUUCUACUACAAAAUACGGGUUUAGAAAGAUCUCGUGGACACCAACUGUAGAAGAUUCGGGACAACACUUUAUUUAUAUUUAUGCUAUCGAUAACGAUGGAUAUCGCAGUGAUUAUAAAACAGUUGUGAUAAAUGUAAUACGAAAAUGGGCUGAAGCAAAAAUUCAGGAAACACCCGAAAUCACGAGUCAUUAUCCAACGUCAACCAGUGUGUAUGAUAUUCAUAAACGCGUUUGGAACAUUACAUUUGAUCAGAAGAUACAACGUCCAACACUGUCACGAUACGUUCGGGUUCUUACCGAUCCAGAAAAUAAAGAGAUUUUUCAAGUGGAUCUGUCGGAUGAAAAUGCAGCGGUAGUACACAUCAAUGACCGUAAAACAUAUCAUUUUAAUGGACCAACACUUGAAAGUGGAAAUAUGUAUCGUAUAGUUAUUGAAAACGGUGCAACAGAAUCGGAAUCCUGUGAUGCGUGUACUCACCGUUGCGCAAAAUUUCCUUCGAAGGGUGUAACUUAUCAACUUCUUACUGGAGAAAAAAUAGUAAACACAACGGAUGCACCAUCAAUAUGCGAACUGGUUCAACCGGAGAUCGAUAUUGGUCGAAACUGUACUUAUUUACAAGUUGAGAAAAUAUGGAAACGAACAAUCACUGCUGUGAACACUCAUGAAUUCCUGUCACUUGUCAUUGAGGGCAUUAAUGGGAUGAUAAUCAAGGAUGGAUAUUUAGAUGGCGAUUUUUAUGUCAGAGAAUUGUCAUGGAGACCAAGUGCUAAAGACAAAGGACGGCAUCAAGUACACGUUGUAGCACUGGGAACCCAAAGGAUGUCGAGCAUCACUGAAGUAAUGGAGCUGAUUGUAGUUGAUCAGGCACCCAAAGACCAAGACAACAUUAGCGGUCCAUCAGUUGUCACCAGUGAAAGUGAACCGUAUGCAAAUGAAGUUUUGGCAUCACCAAUCACUAACAUUACCAUUACAUUCGAUAUGAAAAUCAGUAAACCAGCAAACCCAGUUUUUAUUCGCAUUCAGCAUCAAUCCAAUCCAAGUGUUGCUUUUAAGGUAGAUGCUUCUGGAGAUAGUGUUACAAUUGAUGAUGUCACAAGGAGAAAAAUGAUAGUUCCUCUGCCGGAUGCUACUACACACGGCACGUUCAGAGUGAGGCUGGAUCCUGGGGUAGCUCUGUUCUUAUUUUGUGAUGCCUGCAACAGUACACCUACAUGCAAUGUAUACCAGUCAUUAGCCGCUCAAUGGGAAUUCCACGUUGAAAAGUGUGACUGUAAUUCGAUUCUCCAACGCCUCUCACAAGUUGAAGAGCGCCUCGUACGACUGGAGUCGACUUUUUCAACACAGUAACCUAAUUUCAUCAUUUGUAUUUGUUAACAAAUUGUGUCAGUAGCUUUCACAAUGAAAAUUAUACAGGAAUAAGAGUGAUAGCCUGUUUGUCUUCCUUGUUUCUAGACUGCCACUAAUAUUACACAAGAUUUAGUGGCAAUAAUAUGCCUUAGGCCUCCAGUUAUACUGUGUGAUGAUACUGACGACAACGUACAGUACGCUUACGUAAUGUAACUACUGUACCACGUCUAUGUAAAUGGGGUAGCUACGUACCCCAUCGAUGGUGUAUCUACAAUGCCUGUAGCGAAUGUAGUAACCAUACUCAUGUACUUGACGUGGCAUUACGCAUAAUUAUGUAGAUGAUGUAACGACCACACCCAUGUAAACGAUGCAACUCCUUCUCAUAAAAGUAGCACCACAUUAAGCUGGCCCAAUAAUAGGUCUAUGUAACUGUAAAUUCUAUAUAUGCAGAAAAGUGAAAUCCCCCAUUUGUACUGUAGUAGACAUAGGCCUAUUCUUUACUGCCCCUACUCUUAUGCUUUUAUAUUACAUGGUUUUACUUGAAGGCGAUGGAGGGAAUUCUUCAAUAGUAAUAAUAAGAAUAAUGGAAUUAAGAAGUGCAACACCAAUGUGCUUCUCCUCAACCAAUAAAACGAAUUAUGAUGUUUCAAAUAAAUUUAUUGUAAGACACUAUCCGUAUUUAGAUCUCAUUACAGAAUAAAGCUGGGGAGUCAACAUCAA